UAUAUAUAAGUAAUAUAAAAUUAUGUUUAAUCUAUCAGGUGAUCUAUUAUGAAAAUAUAGUUAGUUAACCUCAUCAAAAACAAUAAUUUUGUAACAGCAAAAGAUAAAAAAAAUAAACAUGAAUGUUCUUGUAAAAUCUCUGAUAUCAAUAGUUAAACCAGUAUCUCUACGACCUAUUUCAAUAACUUGUAUAUAUUGUAAAGAUGAUUUUCAAGAUGUAAUUCAUCCAGAAAGCCAAGAACCAAACAUACCGUUAUAUGUAAAACGUAAUGAAGAAAGUAAAGAUGUAAAAAAAGCUCGAUUAUUGUAUCAAUCUCGCAAACGUGGCAUGUUAGAAAAUGGUCUUCUUUUAAGUACAUUUGCUAAAAAAUAUUUAUGUGAUUUUAAUGAUAAACAACUUCAAUUGUAUGAUCAUCUUAUCAAUUUGCCAACCAACGAUUGGGAUAUAUUUUAUUGGGCUACAGGCGCAAAGCCGACUCCACCUGAAUUUGAUAAUGAAGUUAUGGAUUUGUUAAAAAAACAUAUCAAAAAUGAAGACCGUCAAGCAAGAAUAAUGCAACCUGAAUUAUAAGUAUAUGGAACUUAGUAACUGUACUUAAUAGCUUUAAUUUUCACUUUAAUCUUAAAAAAAUAAAAUUAUGGUAACAUAAAAAAUUAUUUGAAUUUUUAGGAUAUUUUUUGUUAACAUAUAAAAAUGUAAUAGUAUUUAUAUUGUAAAUAUAAUAUUUACAAUUAUAGAAUUUAUAAAAAUAUAUAAUUAUGAUGUUAUUUUUUAUUUAUUAUAUAUUAAUCAAUAUUAUUAAAAAUAUUUUUUAUUAUAAAAUUGUGUAUAUACAUAUUUUAUUUAUUUUAUAAAAACAUAAUACUAUUGCAUUAUUUUGUAAUGAAAUGCCAAUUUCAAAUUAAUAUAAAUACAUUAUGUUUUAAGUUACAUGGAAUACCAUGCUGUUAUAAAUACAUAUAUAUUACAUAUUAAAUAUCAAUCUUA